AUGACUUUAAUUAAAGUGAAAUGGGGCAAAGAACUUUUCAGUGACGUAGAAGCAAAUACUGAUGAAGAUUUAUUAGUUUUUAAGGCGCAACUUUUUGCCCUUACAGGAGUUCACCCAAACCGUCAGAAAAUUGUAGUUAAAGGAACUAACGUAAAAGAAUGGUCGACUACAAAUAUAAAAGAUGGAAUUACAUUAAUGUUAAUGGGAAGCAAAGAUGAAGAUAUUUCUAAAGAACCUAUUGUUAAACCAGUUUUUAUGGAAGAUAUGUCCGAAUGCGAAUUAGCCACAGCUUUAGACCUCCCAGCUGGACUUACUAAUUUAGGAAAUACGUGUUACAUGAAUGCCACAGUACAAUGUCUAAAAACAGUACCAGAGUUAAGAGAAGCUUUAAAAAAAUACUCAGGAACUGUUCAACUUGGUGGUCCAGAAGGUAUUCUUCCUGCUCAGUCUAUAACUGCAGCAUUGAGAGAUUUAUAUUCAUCAAUGGACCAGGGGAAUUCUAUGCCACCUUUUGUAUUGUUACAAGUUCUUCAUAUGGCUUUUCCUAGAUUUGCAGAAAAAAGCAGUCAUGGGGGUUUUCAACAGCAAGAUGCCAAUGAAUGUUGGACAGAAUUGAUUAGAAUGCUUCAACAAAAACUAUUACCUAAAGUUGAAGAUGAUAAACCCACUCAUUUUAAGUCAUUGAUUGAUCAAUAUUUUGGAGGCACUUUUGUAUUUGAAAUGAAAUGCUCAGAAACAGAAGAUGAACCUGUCACACAUGGAAAAGAAGAUUUUUUACAAUUAAGCUGUUUCAUAUCAGCUGAUGUUAAAUUCAUGUUAUCUGGUCUCAGAAAUAAACUUCAAGAGCAGAUUACUAAACAAUCACCAACUUUAGGAAGAGAUGCAGUUUACUUAAAAUCUAGUAAAAUUAAUCGACUUCCUGCUUAUUUAACUAUUCAAUUUGUACGGUUUUUUUAUAAAGAAAAAGGCUCCAUAAAUGCCAAAAUUUUAAAAGACAUCAAAUUUCCAUUAGAAUUUGAUGCAUUUGAAUUAUGUACUGUUGAACUUCAAAAAAAAUUAGCUCCAAUGAGAGCCAAAUUUAAAGCUCUUGAAGAUGAGCAAGUCAAAGAAUCGUUGAAGGAUAAAAAAAAGGAUAAUUUAGAAAAUGAAGAAAGCAAAGUCAAAACAGAAACAAAAACAGAGCCUUAUUGGUUUUCUGAUGAUUUAGGUUCAAAUAAUUCAGGAUAUUAUUCAUUGCAAGCUGUAUUAACACAUAAAGGCCGCACUUCUUCCAGUGGACAUUACGUGGCUUGGAUUAAACAGAAAGCUAAUGUUUGGCUGAAAUGUGAUGAUGAUGUUGUUUCACCAGUCACUGAAGAAGAUGUUCUGAAACUUUCAGGUGGAGGAGACUGGCACUGUGCUUAUGUAUUAUUGUAUGGUCCAAAAGUUCUAGAAACACCUGUUGUUACGAAUGCAUAA